GGUGGGGGCGCGCUCACGCUCAUCCUGCACCGCAGCCACCACCGCGCAUCGCAUCACAAGGCGAGCAGAACGUGACCCGAGCCCUCGGCAGAACGCGUGGGCGUCGGCGUCGUCAGAGGGGCGGACGACACAGAACCGAGAGCAGCAGCAGCAGCAGGAGCAGGAGGACUCAUCCGCAAAGCGGUUGAAGAGGAAACCUGGGGUUCGAGGCAGGCUCGGGGAGUACGAGCGAGGGUGCAAGCUUGGUUGGAUCGACCUGGUGGUGGUGGUGGGUGGGGACGGGGGCGAGGAGGAGGUGAUCCGCUAUGAUGCCGCUGCUCGGGUCCGAGAUGCAGCUCCUCGCUGCGGGCGCGCAUCCUAGCGCGCUGGCCGGCACCUCGCCGCUCGCCCUCGCCCCGCAGCCCGUGUGGCGAGUCGUGGUCUGGGAGUGGCUCGACGAUCAGCAGCCAUCCCCGCUCGGCGCGCCGACGACGCAGCCGACGCAGCAGCCGCCGCCGCAGCAGCCGCAUAACGGACAGCAGCAGGCGACGACGACGACAACGCAUCAACAAUCGCAAGCGUCAACGCAGCAGCAGCAACAACAGCUGCAGCAGCAGCAGCUGCCGGCUACGGUGUGGCGAGCAUACAGCGCAGCGGUGUGUCACCACAUCGAGACGGUCCUGCGUUCGGGUGGUUUGCAGGGCGGCGGUGGUGGUGGCAUGCGAGGUGGCAGCGUGGGUGGUGGUGGUGCUGGCGGGGCUAGCCUCGGAGGCUCGGGCAGCGUGGUGCUUGGUCAGGCCGACCCGACACUGUCGCCCUACAUCCUCGACCUGCAGAGCAUGCAACAAUUCCGCCAGGACACGGGGACAAUGAGACCGGUGCGACGGAGCUUCUACGAUCCCUCGGCGGCGCCGGGGCGCGGCGUCGUGUGGGAGUGGGAGAGCGAGAGCGGCGUGUGGACCCCGUAUCCGAUGGACGUGUGCGUCACCAUCCAGAACGCGCACGAGAAGCAGCACCCGUGGCUCGACCUGGCCACCCUGGGGCUGCCCAUCCUGCUCGACUUCACGGCCAUGUGCCAGAUCGGGCGGCUCGGCCAGACGCGCCGCCGCCUCCGCCGGCGCCUCGACACGCCGUACCCGCUGCUCGUCAUCAACAGCGGCGGCGGCAGCCUGGCCGCGGGGCCCCUCGCUCUGCCCAAGUCGCAGUCGUGGCCCGUCGGAGCCGGCCAGGCCUCCGGCGGCCAGGGACACCACGGCGGCCAGCAUCAGCAGAUGCAUCAGCAGCAAAUCCAGCAGCAGCAACAGCAGCAGAUGUCGCUGCUGUGCGCGUGUCCUCAGUGUUUGCACCAGCAGCAGCAGAGCCACCACCACCACCACCAGAAUGUGCAGGGACAUGCCCAGCAGCAGCAGCAGCAGAACAUGCUGGGUGUCACCGCCUAUGGGACGGUGACUCAGCGGCCCGCUCUGUCCACCAACAACCUGGCCUCCACGGCCACGGCUGGCAACGCCACGCAUCAUCAUCAUCAGCAGCAGCAGAUGCAAAUGCAGCAGGCAAUGUCCCAGCAGCAACAGCAGAGGAGACGCGAGACAUUCAGCUCGCCGACGAGGCAGACACAGGGGCAGGCCAGGUCAGGCUUGACCGUGAGCAGACCACGGUCACAGCCUGCUCUGCAGGCCAUCGCCGCGGGAUACACGCCGGCCAAUCGCGGCCCGGGGAUGCCGGCUAUCGCCAUGGCCACCUCCGUGUCUGCCCCGAACAACCUGAACCGUCCCGGCGUGAAGCAGCAGAGGAGCGUGGUGGGCUUCACGGGCUCGGCGCGCCCACCAGGGUGGGUGGCAAGCCGCCACGCGUGUCCACCUGCUUGCCUGCGCAUGGUGCCUGCCCUGCCUGUUAAGAAUCUGGGUGGCUCUGGCCCAAUAAAUCCAGCCUUGGCGGGCAUCACGGGCAUCUUGAUGUGCGCUGCCGGCCUGCCGGUGUUCCUGACGCGAGCGCCCAAGCCCGUGCUGCACCCGCCCUCGGUCAGCAAGGGGGAGCUGCGCGCCGUGCCCGGCGUCUCGGGCUCCUGCCGCAAAAUCAAGAAGAAGCACGCGCGCAAGGGAGGUCGGAGCCCAGAAGAGGUCGUGAAGAAAUACCUGCAAAAGUUGAAGAACCCUCCGGAUGAGGACUGCACCAUCUGCAUGGAGCGGCUGAACGUGCCGUCGGGCUACGACGGGAUGUGCAGCCACGGCAGCGUCAAGUCGGAGGCGGUGGGCCGCUUGGGGAAGUGCGGCCACGCGUUCCACGCGCUCUGCAUGCUCGCCAUGUACGCCAAUGGCAACAAGGACGGCAGCCUGCAGUGCCCGACGUGCAAGACGAUCUACGGCGAGAAGACGGGCACGCAGCCGCCGGGCAAGAUGGAGUAUCACGUCAUCCCGUACUCGCUGCCCGGAUACUCCGACUGCAAGACGAUCCGCAUCAUCUACGACAUCCCACCCGGCAUGCAGGGCCCCGAGCACCCCAACCCCGGGAAGAAGUUCACGGCUCGCGGGUUCCCUCGCCACUGCUACCUGCCCGACAAUGAGACGGGCCGCAAGGCGCUGAGGCUGCUGAUCGUGGCGUGGGAGCGACGGCUCAUCUUCACGGUGGGCACGUCGAGCACCACGGGCGAGUCGGACACCGUCGUGUGGAACGAGAUCCACCACAAGACGGAGUUCGGCUCCAACGUGACAGGCCACGGAUUCCCCGACCCCAACUACCUGGAGAACGUGCAGGCCGAGCUGGCCGCGCAGGGCGUCACCGAGGCCAGCCUCGUGGACUGAACCCACUGGGCCCACCGAGCCAGCGAAAAGGGGGGGUGGGGGGGGGGUGGUGGU